UUUGGUGCCAGGGAUGGAAUCCAGAACCUCACAUGUGCCAGGCAGCGGCUGUGUCACUGAGUCAUACCCCAGCCCUGUGACUCUUCAUAAACGGAACACACCCAUGUAUCCAGCCUUAGCAUGAACCCCAUCCCUGGUGUCCCAGGGGGGGCUCCUCAAAGAUAGUUGAUCGUGACUUCUAACACCCCAGAGUCCCUCUAUCUUUUUUUUUUUUUUUGUACCAAGGAUUGAACCCAGGGAUACUUAACCACUGAGCUGCAUCCCCUGUCCUUUUUAUUUAUUUAUUUAUUUUAUUUUGAGACAGGGUCUUGCUGAUUUGCUGGGGUUUCACUAAAUGGCUGAGGCUGGCUUUGAACUCUCCAUCUUCCUGCCUCGGCCUCCCAAGUAGCUGGGAUUGCGGGCGUGGGCCACCACAGCCUGCUCCUUUGCCUGUGCUUGAACUUGAUGUGAAUGGAAUCAUUCAGUCCUCAAUGCGAUGUCAUGGACUCCGUCCCUGUUCCCUCCCCCAGCUGUAGACCAUGCCGCGGUGUGACUAUACAGGUGUCUGGACCCCAAUGGAGAACGAUUCGCUCAGCUACCCCUACGAGUACGGGGACUACAGUGACCUUCUGGAUGUCCCCGUGGACUGCCCGGACGGCGCCUGCCUCUCCACCGACACGAUCCGCGUGGCCCCUCUGCUGCUGUACUCUGCGGUCUUCCUGCUGGGCGUGCCGGGCAACGUCAUGGUGGCCUGGGUGGCGGGGAAGGAGGCCAGCCGGAGGGUUGGGGCCACCUGGUUCCUGCACCUGGCCGUGGCCGACCUCUUGUGCUGUUUGUCCCUGCCCAUCCUGGCGGUGCCGAUCGCCCGGGAAGGCCACUGGCCCUACGGGGCCGCGGGGUGCCGGCUGCUGCCCUCGGCCAUCCUGCUGUCCAUGUACGCCAGCGUCCUGCUGCUGGCCGCUCUCAGCGCUGACCUCUGCCUGCUGGCCCUCGGGCGCACCUGGUGGGCAGCGGCUCAGCGGACUCGUGCCGUGCGGGUGGCGCAGGGCGCGGCCUGGGCGCUGGCCUUGCUGCUGACCGCGCCCUCGGCGCUGCACCGCCGCCUGCACCAGGAGCACUUCCCCGCCCGGCUCCUGUGCGUGGUGGACUAUGGGGGCUCCGCCGCGGCCGAGGGCGCCGUGACCGCCCUGCGCUUCAUCUUCGGCUUCCUGGGGCCCCUGGUGUUCGUGGCCGGCUGCAAUGGUGCCCUCCUGUGCCGAGUGACCCGACGCCACUGGCCUCUGGGCGUGGCGGUCGUGGUGGGGUUUUUCGUCUGCUGGGCCCCCUACCACAUCCUGGGGCUGGUCCUCACCGUGGCUGCCCCAAACUCCACGCUCCUGGCCCGGGCCCUCCGCGCUGAACCCCUGGUCGUGGGCCUGGCCCUUGCUCACAGCUGCCUCAAUCCUAUGCUCUUCCUAUAUUUUGGGCGGGCUCAACUGCAACGGUCACUGCCAGCUGCUUGUCACUGGGCCCUGAGGGAGUCUCAGGAUGAGGAGGAAAAUGCAGUAAGCAAGGUAUUCACCAGUCAUGAUCUGGUGUCAGAGAUGGAAGUGUAGGCAAGAAGGACAUUGGCUUUUUAAUCUUCUAUUCCAUUUCACAAAUAGCUUCAGGCAAAGCUGGAUCCAGGAGUUUCAUUUUCUCCAUUCAUUCAAAGAACAUUCAUAGGCCCUUGCUGUAUGCCAGGCCCUGAUAUAGGCAUCAGGGUACAGUAGUGACCAGGACAGACACAAAUUCUGCACUCAAAGAGCUGAUGUUGUAAGGGAGGAAGACAGACAAUAAGCAAGUAAAUGAACAUGGAAUAUGGGAAGGGUGAUAAGUCUAAGAAACCUAAAAGAGACAAACGGGACUGGAUGGGGCAGGAGAUGUCAGUCAAAAAAGGUCUCUGGGGUAAGGUGAUAUUUGAGCCCAAACCUACACAAGGGGAGCAGGAGUUGUGCUUAUAACUGGGAGAAAAUUGUUCCAAGCAGAGGAACCAGCAGCAUAUCAUGUGUAAAGGCCCUGAGGUGGCUGGAGGCAGAGCACUUGCCUAGUAAGUCCCAGGAAAUAUUUUGGCCCUACUUAUACUAAAAAUUAUUUGUUGUUUAUCUACAAUUCAAACACAGAGCACUCAGUAUUUUUUUCCAAGUUCCCUACUCUGAGUGCUUGAUUGACUUAGAUUUUAAUAAAACCCCUCUCUGGUUGCUGGUGGAGAUGUCUAGAGAAGGAAGCAGGAAGUAAGGAGCCAAGUGAGGAGGUUACUGCAAUCGUCCAUGCAAGAGGUGGUCAGGGUGGUAGAGCAGAGGUACUGGGAGGCUAUUUUGACAAAAGGCCAUGUCCAAACUCCUUGGCUUGGCAUUCGAGGCUUCUCUCCACCACUUCCACUCUAGCUUCUCAGACCCCAUAGGAGGCAGAAUAAUGGCUGCCAGUGUUGUGCACGUCCUAAUUCCCUGGCGCUGUGAAACCCUACAUUGCAAAAGGGACUUGCAGAUGUGAUGAAGUUAGGGAUGGGGACAUUAUUCUGGCCUGUCCAGGUGGGCCCAAAGUCAUCACAAGGGUCCUUUAAAGAGUAAAGUAGGAGAUCUGAGUCAGUAGCAGAAGAUGUGAUAACCAAAGCAGAGCCUCCAGUGACAAGAGGAAGGAGCCACAAGCCAAGGAAUGCAGGUGGCCUCCAGAAGCUGAAAAAAGUCAGGGACAGAUUCUCUCCCAAACUUCCAGAAGGAAAGCAGACCUACCAACACCUUGACUUCACACUUUUGACUGCCAACAUCUUAAGAGAACAGGUCACAUUGUUUUCAGUGGCUAUGUUUGUUACAGCGGCCACAGGGAGCUCAUACAAACUGCCUGGGCUGUCUUAUUUUCGUGCCUCUGGGCCUUUUCUCAAGCUGGCACUGCUGCCUGGAAUGCCUGUCUCAUCUAUGCUGCCUGAUUUGGUGAUCACAAGUCACCUAUGACUAUCCAAACUAAAAUUAAUUGCAGUUUAAAAUUUAGUCCUCAGGUUUACUGGCCAUGGUUCAAAGGCCCAGUAGCCAAAUGUGGUUAGUGGCUGUCAUAUCGGACUGUAUAGGUAUAGAACAUUUCCAUCACUGCAGAAAAUUCUAGAAGACCAGGCCUCUCUAGAAUCUCCUUUAGAAUUUCAUCAGUUUGGGGAUUUCUUUUCUUUCUUUCUUUUUUUUUCCUGAAUUGGGGAUUGAACCAGGGGUGCUUUGCCACUGAGCUACAUCCCUAGCCCUUUUUAAAAAUUUUAAACAGGAUCUCACUAAGUUGCUUAGCGCUCACUACAUUGCUGAGGCUGACCACUUGCGAUCCUCCUGCCUCACGCCCAUAUUGCUGGGAUCACAGGUGUGUGCUACGGCACCUUGCUGCUUGGGUCUUUUAAACCCCGUGAGUGGCACCUGUGUGGGUGGCACUUUGCACGUUUCUCCUUUAGAGUAUAUAUUAGUCAUCUUUUUGUGACUUUCACCACAUUCUCGACACAAGCUACUUAUGAAAAAGAGAGGUUUGUUUGGUUUAGAGUGUAGGAAGCUAAAAGCCCAAGUUGCAUAGCUCAGGCUCAGCGAGGCCUCCCUGGUCUGCACCACCUCGUGGUGGUCGGAGGGUGAGGAGCAAGCCCACUGCCUUCCAGCCAGGAGCCGAGAGCUGGGCGGGUCCAGGCUUGCUCAGCCAGCCAAUGAAGGCUCAAGGAACUGCAGAAGCCCUCCCAUUGAUUUAAGGAUCACUAGGCCCCACCUCUUAAAGGCGCCACAGCAUCUCGGAAUAGCGUCAUUCCAAAGACCAGCCUACAAUCAUAGGAACCUUAGGGAAGGGGGGACUCAAUCCAAUCACAUCCAGACCACAGCAAGGUAGUUCUCACAUUAACCCACAGACAGGGUGAGAGGCUUCAUUUUACAAGCUGAGGACCAGGAAGAGGAAGUCAUUUGCCCAAAAAUCACACAGCAAGGACACUGGAGAGCUGGAAUUUGAUUUCAUUUUUACUUGACUCCAAUGCUCAUACUCUUCAUCACCAAAGUUUUCCUGCAGGGCCUUACUCAAAUGGCAUGUCCUCCAGGGAGCCUUCCCCAAUUCAUGACCUUCUUAAGCAAUGGUGCUUUUCUGUACUGUGAGUCUCAGGAGCACAGUUCUCAGAUGAACCACAAAUUCCUCAAGAGUGACAACUGGACCUGUUUAAUUGCUGUCUCUCCGCUCCUCUCCUAUACCUUAGAAACAGCCAGAUUGCCUUAUAUUUGUCUAGAUCCUUUCCCCCCAACUAGACUGUGGGCUCCCUGAUGGUGGAGACCUCUUUCUGGCUAUUUCCUUUUACUUCAUUGGAUAUAGGAACAGAAUUUAGGUUCUCAACAAUUCAUGUUUUAUUUUCAGUAUUUUAUUCAGAAUUGUUAUGCAUGAAUUAUCAAGACAGUCUGUUUUGUACAAUGAAUUGUUUUUUUCCUGGGACAAUUUAUAGUACUGCUUGAAAGGUUGGGAAAAAUCUUUCCAUGAAUCCGACAGGGCCAGGUGCCACUUGGGUGUUCCUGGAUAACUUUUAAAAACAACCUUGAUAGGGUUCAAAUUCUUUCAUACCUUAUUUUAUGAGCCUUUUAAAAAAAUAAUAAGAGUAAAUUUCACGGGAGCUUCCAAAUGUAUUUCUGUGCAAUUUUACAUAAAAUUUUCUUGAUCAUUAAAAAUAACCAGUUUUUUUAUUUAUUAUAAAUUUUCCUUGUUUUUGUUCUUGUUGAUAUUUGUUUAUUUUUGAUAAUAAAAUAGUGAUUUUCUUAAGUUUUCAAAGAACCAUGUCUUGAUGAUUUUUCCAAUAAUUAGUCUCAAGUGUGCUACUCAAUCCUACUGUUGGUAGGUUGUGACUUUUUUUGUUUUGGUCCUGGGGAUUGAACCCAGGGGCACUUAACCACUAAGCCACAUCCCAACUCUUUUUAUGUUUUAUUUAGAGACAGGGCCUCACUAAGUUGCUGAGGCUGGCCUUGAACUUGUGAUCCUCCUGCCUCAGCCUCCCAAGCUGCUGGGAUUACAGGCACUCACCACCAAGCUUGGCAGUUUGUGACCUUAUUCUGAUCUUCCUUUUUUUUUUCUUAACAAUUGUAGGUCUUGUUUGGAAAUCUUAAGUAAAAUUCUUAGUUUGUUUCUGCUGCUUCCUCUUUUGAUAAUAAUAUAUGGAUUGCCUUCUCUCUAUAUGAGGUUAUUUCCCAAAUGUUUGAUAAUUAUAUCCAACAGCCUAUCCGACAUCCACACCUGAUAGUCAAUGAAUAACCCAAACUUUACACGGGCUGAGCAUCUCUGAUGUGAAAGUCUGAAAUCCAAAAUGCUCCAAAAUCCCAAAUUUUUGAGUGCUGAAAUGAUGGCAUGAGUAGAAAAUUCCACAGCUCACCUCAUGUGAUGUGUUGCAAUUAAAAUGUUAGCCACGACACUUGGGCUUGGGUCGUGGCUCAGUGGUAGAGAGCUUUCCUAGCCCAUGUCAAUCCUCAGCACCACAUAAAAAUACAUAAAUAAAAAUAAAGAUAUUAUGUCCAUCUACAACUAAAAAACAUUUUAAGAAAUGUUAGACAUGCUAAGAGAUCAUGUAAAACUAACUAUGUGUAUAAGGCUAUGUGUAUAAGUCUAUAUAAAUCAUAAAUAAAUUUUCUGUUUAGACUUGGGUUCUAUGCCCAAGAUAGAGCGCUCUCUCUCUCUCUCUCUCUCUCU